CUGGGGGAAGUCCCAGUCAAAAUAUGACACCUGAGUAAUAUAGAAAAAAAACACAGAACAGUGAAAUAAUUUGAAUGCUCAUUCUUUUUGAAGACAUCUCCCAAAGAGUCUGGAGUAAAAGCAUGUUCAUUAAAUAAUAAAAACUGUAGGAAUUGCAAUGAUCAAGUGUGUUAACUUAGUUGUAAUUCUUGUUUUGGGAACUUUUGAGCCAGUGAAGGAAACUUAUGGUCAAAAAAUAAGCGGAGAUAUACUGGCCAAUGAAUUAAACAGGGUGGCAGAUGCAGUCGGGAGGUCUUUUAUACAGGAAAUCUAUAACAAGAUGCAUUACAAUGAUCAACAAAGAGAUGGACAGAGGUUAUCACAAGACAUUUCAAAGAAAAUUGCUCAACGGAUGGAAAAUAUAAAAACUUCUUUAAAUGAUCUGAAACGUACCAUGGAGGAUACAUAUGAUCAGAUGACCUCUAGUAACACACACCAAGACUGCUGUGUAGACGGAACUUAUCAGAAAAACCUACACUUUAGAACCAGGGUUUCAUUAGAUAACUUUUGCUACAAUAAGCCAAGCUACGUAGAAAAUGCUCAGAUAAAAUAUCCAACAGUGGAUAUACUGACUACAAUGAAAGACAACCAUCAAAACAACAAAAACCUCCAGUUCCAAUACAUUGCUUUUACAUCAGGACUCUUUAUCAAUUAUCCCUCGACUAAGUUGACUGAUUGCAGUACGUUCGACCCACGGUUCAGACCUUUCUUCGUGUCCAGUACAACUUCUAAUCCAAGAGACGUGGUGUUGGUCUUAGAUAUAUCCGCCUCUAUGAUGGGAGACAAACUAAGCGAGACUAGAGAUGCCGCCAUAACUGUUAUGGAAACUCUCAGUGUUCAGGACAGGAUUGCUAUUGUAUUAUUUAACAAUGUGGCAAGUAGUCCAAAUGGCUGUUAUAAUGAACAACUUGUCCCAGUAACUCGCACAACGAAAGAUGUUCUGGAAAAAUUCAUUAACUCUAAAGGAGCGGAUGGAGGCUCAAAUUAUGAAGUGGGUUUACGCAAAGCAUUCGAAUACUUUAAAACUAACUCAAGUGAAGAGAAUGCGGCGAGAGACAGUAUAAUUUUGUUUGUAACCGAUGGGAACAACAUAGGAGGCAAUCCACUAGAGGUUAUCAAGAACGAGAACCAUAGACUGCAAAACAGAGUUGUCAUCAACACGUAUGGAAUAGGCAAUAGUUUAAGCAGCCAAGCCAAAGAACUGUUGCUGAAUAUGUCUAAACAGACAUUGAAUGAAGAUUCAUAUGGCUACGUCAUAUCCGGGAAAUCCUACAUUAUAACUGAUGUAAUGACGUCAUCUCUUCGGGGAGCCAUGGGGACAUAUUACGACUAUUCCAGUGUCUCCAUAUCUCAAACUCCAACAUACACCCAGCCUUAUAAAGAUUUCUUCAGUAAAGAGUUCGUGGUGACGGGAUGCGUCCCUAUUGUACACAGGGGAGCCUUCGUUGGGGUAGCUUGUGCCGAUGUUCUGCUCAGUGAACUGGUAACAGAAAUUAUUUACCUUCAGCAAGGAGAAUUUUCUUAUGUCUUUAUCAUAGAUGGCGAAGAAAGGACAUUGAUUCAUCCCCUUCUUCCCGAUCCUCGUGACGUCAAUGCAACAGAGUAUGACGUAAAUAACAUCUUCAACUUUGAAACAUCUGGAGAUGUCCAUGUUGUUAUAGAUUCCAUGAAAAGGGCUGAGACAGGACAAAAGACCCUCUUGACCACUAUUUUUGAGACCAGAGGAGACAGAUUGUUUGAUGGGGAUUCCAAAAGAGAGCUUGAUGCUGUCUAUUACUGGGCUCCGAUUGUUGCAUCUGGGAGUAACUUUUCUCUUUGUUUGGUUAUGUCGAAAAAUAACAGCCUGACAACACUCGCCGACCGUUCCCGACCGUCUGUCCAGAGCAAUGAUUUUGUGUACCAUCGUUGGGACUUAACAACCUGGCCUCAACCAUUUUGCAGGCAUUUCAGCAGAUAUGCUACAAAAGCCAAAACAACAAUCAAGCUUACACCAGACGCAUUCUUGGAUCCAUAUGAAUACACGUAUGUUGAAGAGACAGAAACAAGGGUAAAGCAGUAUACAGACUAUCUGUCUGGAACAAUCACAACCAAUCCUGGUCUGAAGGUGGAUGCAAUCAAUUCCAUAAGAGUCACAUACCCCAUUGAAGAUUUUUGGAAGACUAUAUCUUAUCAAGAUGCUCCAUACUUAGUUUGGCGAUACAUAAUGACUGAAGAUGGUGUACAGCGAAUAUAUCCAGGCAUCCGCCUUACGAAUGAUUAUGAUCAUAAAAUUAGACCGUGGUACCGUCGAACAGUUGCCCAGAAAUUGAUUAAUGUUGUGUCUGCUCCGUACGAAGACUCGUGGGGAUCUGGUAAAGUUAUUUCCCUGACAAGGGCAAUUUUGAAAAGUGGGACAAAUCCUGGAAUGAGAUCUAAAAUAGAAGCAGUUAUUGGGACGGACUUCUCCAUUUAUCAUUUUAACCAAAUACUGAAAGACAGAUAUCCAAUAUGUGCCAACAAAACAUCAUACAGCUGCAUUGUGAUAGACAAUAGCGGCUUCCUUGUUAUGCACCCUUCUUACAUUGAAACACCGUAUCCGCUAGAGAAUCGAUUCCAUAUCACAAACAAGGAGGGCAGGAUAUCUCGUUCUCUGAUAUCAUCUGGUAUUAUGUACAGACAGCCAUGCAGAGACACAGAAAAUAAAAAGGAACAGUUCACAUACAGGGUCAGAUUACCACAGUCUCAGCUAAAUGGGGUGGUGUAUACCGAUGAAAAAUACGAAAUACGCCCAGUUACUGGGUCGAAUGUUUUUUUGAUACUUAAAGAAGUACGACAUAUUGAGGACUCUGCAGCAGCAUGCUGUUCUAUGCAGAGUUCCUCUUCUCCCAGUUCACAGCAAUGUGGAGAAGGCACCUGUACUUGUCUUUGCUACAAGGGCUUAGAUUUUAACGAAUGUGAAAACAAAUAUGAAAGCAUGGAGGGGAAAGAUCCUUGUAAUCCUAACCUACCAACUCUGGAAUCGGUUAGUACACCUGAAGAAGACAAAACUAGAAAUUUGGAAACCUGUUUUCCAACCAACUGUCCUUGCCGAAAAACAGAAAGUGAAUGCUUCCGUACUUCCGGCUGUUCAUGGUGUACGAGUUCAAUGAAAGGAACUUUGGUAAAGGGAUUUUGUGACUUGAAGGAAACCUGUCCCUCCAAGCAUUGCGUCAAAAAAGAGUGCAGUUCAAAAUGUUGUGGAUCUGACUGCAUGGGGCCUCCAGAGUCGAAGGGCCAGACGGUGGUGUAUGUUGGAUCGUCUGCAGGUGGCAUAGUUUUCAUAAUCAUCAUUAUUGUCAUCGUUUGUUUCAUCGUCCGACAUAAGCGAAGACAAGAACAUGGAAAUGAUGGUACAUAUAUUGAGCCAACCCACGUACAGGGAAACAAAUCGGUAUGUUCCUCCAGUGAAUCUGUGGAUUAUCAAUCCUCCCACAAUUUUUACGUCACUGGACAACUCAGCGAAACUUCAGAGGAAAACCUGAGUGAACCAGAAAACUAACGAGGGGAAAUUUUACAAACUGUGAUUAUAUAAUUACACAUAUAUAUUCUUUUAAAGAUGAAAAUAGUUUUUUAUUACAGGAUUAGUACCAUUGUUGAUGUAAUACAUGUGUAAACUAUUUUUCAUUAAUGGGUAUGUAUGUGUCUGCGAACAUGUAUAUUCACCUAUAACACGGUAUAAUAUAUUACUGACAAUAUUUCUAAUGUAUCAUUAGUUUGCAGACAAGCAAUUAAAAUAUUUAUAUUAUAAACAAACCUAAUGCACGACAUAGCAUACGGAUAUCAACUUAGACGAUUUAGAGGAUCUUUGAAAUAGGCAAAAAGAGGUGAAUGAGACCAUAUGCUCAUUAAACCAUACUUCUCUCUCAAGCAAAUGCAAAUAUAUGAUAACAAAAUUAUUAAUCGUGAAAAUCAAACCAAAGUUCGUGAAUUUUCAAAUAUGAUUUACGAAUGUUUUGGCGGCUAGUAUAUCAUUG